UGUGUCAGUCUGAGUGCGGCUAACCAACGAAACGGGACGGGAGUCUUUUCUACUUUAGAACCUUUUUUUUUAACCUUUUUAAUCGGAUACUGGUAAUUAACACAAUAUGCUUUGUUUACAUGACGCAUUGAAUGCAUUGUUGUGUUAGAAGACGGAGGUGUAGCUGUCCUGUAUCUCUGUAAUUACAGCGGGUGUUUGGUGUCGUAACCUCGUAGCUGUCUCAGUGUUAGCAUCAGGCUAACGGAGGCCGCUCGGCUCGGCUAACGCUCAUUAUCUCCGGAUAAAAUAACAACAGCAGCGGGCCGUAUUUAUUUAGAAAAUACAUGCAUAUUAAUAGCCAUUUGUUGGCGACUCUAAAUCUCAAUAACAAGCCAACGGUGCUAUAUUGUGUUAACUUAAAUCGGGAUUGGCUAGCUAGCUGCUGUAGGUUUAGCCUCGGCAGGUGAAGCGCCUGGUGUCCGGUUACGAUAUCUGCUGUUUAAUAUUUCUAUUUCAACAGUAAACUGAUAGUCACUUGGGUUUUUAACUAUCUAGAAUUUUUCAUCAUCAUCAUCAUCAUUAUCACGAUAUAUAAAGAUUUGGUGACCUUCACGUUGAUUUACCACACGUCACAGAAACGUUGAUUCUGGUUGAAAAAAAGAAAAAUCCCAUUGAUUAACGUCACUCACAGUCUUCAGGUUUUUUUCCCUCCUCUUUAUAACGUACAAAUCUACUCAGAAAAACACUGCUUGUUUCACAGGUAAACCAAGUGGAUAAACUUAGAUUUUAAAUUUUCAUGUAGUGUCAUUAUUUCUGCAGCCUCCUGUAACUGUAGGAUGUAUGUUUUAUAUGUUAAGAUGCAAGAAGGAUUUGUGUCUCUUUGUAGUCAGUAUCCACAGAGGGCCUCCAUGGCGAGAAAAAUAGACCGACACCUCCUGUCUGGUCUUAUAAGUAUUGCACUUCUUUGUUCUGGAUCAAAUACUUGAACACAUAGAUCACCAUGGGUUGAUAAUAGAGUACAGCAGCAAUGGCUCUGUAAUGAUCAGAUCCCUCAGUUUUAGCUCUGAACAGGAUUUUGAGCCGUUGUCGAGAGCACGUCUUCCUCAGGUUCUGCUCAUUUGUCUCAUCAGGGUGUACGUCUGUGUGGAAAACUGCCCACUGUCUCAUUUGUAUUUGUGCACAAAUAUCUGUCCAUAUCUAACAACCCUCUUUCAGUUUCCCUUGGAGUGUUUUUGAUUGAUUUGUAGGUUUAAAACCAGCUCUUUGUGGGGGAUCCUUGGAUAUAGUUCGCCUGAAGAUUUUUGCCCCCCCUUCAACUUGGGUAAACAGCAGCCGAAAGCUUUACAAGCCUGAAUUUCCUCCCCACAUUUUUUUCUUCCGACUUCUUCCACCCACACGCCACCGAGUGUCCAACAUCCCCCCAUGCCACCGAGCCCAGAGAGGAAGCUGAAGAUCUUUGUCCAGCCCACCAGCCCACAUUUGUCCCCCCCUUUUUUGGCCACAUUUCUCUCCACUCUUAUUGGAUCUCACUCAAAGAAGAGUUUUUUUUCCUUUCCUGGCUGUUUCUGUCCCACUUUGUUUACGUCUCCCCAUUAGUUCCACCUAUUAAUAAAAAAUAAUAAAAAAAAAGAAAAAAAAAAUCCCCAAAGGACAUUGUUACGCCAAGCAGCAGUAAUGUUUAGCAGUCUGGCGGAGAUAAAGGUGUUUCGGAGGGUCUCAGAGAAGGGAUGUCGUAGGAAGACAAGUGUCUCUGGGCGACCCACCCCCCUUUCCCUCUUAUCUCAUGGAUCAAGUGUUCCUUCAGGACUCCACACUGCCACGGAGACUCCCUACCAGCAGUGCGCUCAGAAGGGAGACGUCUUCUCAGCCACCUCAGGGAGAGUCUUGUUGGUCCUGAAGAGAACGUCUUGCUGAGCUUAAAGGUCGUAAUCCCAUCACCUCCGCCGGUCAAGAAGAAGAUUACCAGCCUUAAUAUGACCAACCAUGGAGACGACUGCUACUUCUACUACUACUCCACCUGCACAAGAGGAGACAGCUGCCCGUUCAGACACUGUGAGGCGGCGAUGGGCAACGAGACCGUCUGCAACCUCUGGCAGGAGGGACGCUGCUUCCGCACCGUCUGCAAGUUUCGCCACACAGAAAUCAAGAAAAACAGGAAGGAGAUUCCAUGUUACUGGGAGAAUCAGCCGGCCGGCUGCCAGAAACCCCACUGUGCCUUCUACCACGAGAAACCGCGCUUCAUCAAUGGCAUCUACGUUGCACCCAGUAAAGGUAUAACCAAGAAUGAGGAGCAGCCAAAUGAAGAACCGGCUCCUCCUCCUCCCGCCCCUCUCCCCACUGCAACCAAUCCCCAGCUCAGAGGAGUCAUGAAGGCAGAGACCCAGGAGACUGUACCGAGCCCCACCCACCCGCCGGUGGUCAUCAACCCAGCAGAUGAUGAUGAGGAUGAAGAUGAUCAGUUUUCAGAGGAGGGAGAGGACGGCAAGGUCGGCCCAGAUGGAACCAGACUGACCUCUCCCAGAAAACUGCCAGGAGGACCCAAAGCAGAUGAUUCGCUGAACUUUGGGGUGAGCACCCUGGAGGAGAUCCGGCUGAGGAAAGCCCUGAAGGCGAGCAUGAAGAAAGCUGGUUACCCCAUUCAGAGCGCCGACACCGCCGCCAACGGAGAGAAGGAGAACAUGCGCUCGUUUGGUCGCCCGGCCCUCUACGAGUCUAGAGAUGGCCUGGUAGUCCUAGAAGAAACUGCAAGACCCAGAGGCAGCAUCGCUGAAAGGCUCGGAAAGAAAGUCUUCAACAACGAUGUCGGUGGAGACCCUGCGCUGAAACGAAGUCUGGCUGAGCGUCUUGGUAGAGUUGUAGAUGAGGAACAGCCGUUACUGGCCCCUCAGAAAGCUUUGAAGCCUGUGAGGGAAAGACUUGGUUUGGCAGCUGAGCCUGUGUCUUCUGCUCAACCAGCUGAGUCCAACACGGCAUCAAAGAACGCUCCAGAGCAGAUCCGCAUCAAAACACUGGAGGAAAUCAGACAGGAGAAGGCAGCAAAGUCUCAGCCUCACAGCCCACCAGGAAACCCUGCCGCCUCUGCUCCAGAAACCAGCAUCACUAAAGCUGUAUCCACUAAAGCCGCUAAAGGCAGCAAGAGAACCAUCACCGUCAAAGACAGCACUGUUGUCCACGUCAAGACCUUCUCAGAGAUCAUCCAUGCCAAGAAGAAAAAGCAGGAGGAGGAGGAGCACCAGAAGCAGGAGAAGGUCCCCAGCCCUAAGAAAGCCAAGCAGGACCCGGUGAAGACCCAGAGCCAGUCCGGCGCGGCUCCGACCAGCACGGAGGUGAGGGUGAAGACCCUGGAGGAGAUCCGCAGGGAGAAGGCAGCCAGGAUGGAGGCUCAGAAAGCCCUGGAGCCAGAAAACGAGAAGAGCGCUGACAAUGAAGAGCCCAAAACAAGGAAGCCCCGCCUACUGCGCAUCAGUAAACCAGCUGCCCUCGGCAGCAUCAGCACUCAGAAGACGGCUGAUGUGACAGAGAAGCCAGUUAAAGCUGCUGCUGCUGCUGCUGAGGCCAGUCCUGCUUCCAGUAACGGUGUGAAGGUCAAGACCUUUGAGGAGAUCAUGCGAGAGAAACGCCUUCGCAAGCAGGAGAUGGAGGAGCAGGCCUCCUCCACCAGCCAAUCUAAAGGCUCCGCUGAGGCAGAGCCUUGUCAGAAACAGGCGGUAGGUCCCGCCCUGAAGAGGAAGACUCCGGUCAGAGCCAGUCUCACACCUGCAGACUCCUCCUCACCUUCCUCUGAUUCCACCUCCACCCAGAAGCCCCCUGCUCGCAAACUGAUCUCCCUCAAACCCAAAGCCACCUCGCCGGUACACAGCACCACCGCGGUCACCACCACAGCUGCCGUCACAGCCGUGACCUCGGGGGCCGUGACACAGAGCUCCCCUCCCCGCCAGGCCGAGGCCGACUCCCUCUCUCAGAGCCCCAGCAGCAGCAGGGACUCUCCAGCGCCCUCACCAGUCAAGCAGGCCAGGGCGGCACCUACACAGGAACCCGUGCAGAAGAAAUCCCCGGGACAGACCACAGACACCAAAGUGAGGCCCAAACUGAACGUGAAGCCCUCAGUGAUGAAGCCGGCGGCGCAGGUGAAGCCGGGCCAGAAGAGGAAGGCCGCAGAGCGAUCGGCUGUGGCUGCCGUCAAACCUCUGAACAGCGCCUCCACAGGGCCAGAGGAGCCGCUGCAGGAGCCGGUGUGCAAACAGGGGAAGAUGUUCCCGUCCUCCAGUGCAGAGGCCCAGCUGAGCCCUGCUGUUCCCAGCAGCCCCGGCGCUGUGCUGGGCGCAGGCUCCAGCUCCAGCCCGCUGACCGAGGAGCUGCAGACGGUCCCUGUUUUCCAGAGUCCAGUUCAGACCAAACCCACCAUCAGCCCCGCUGCAGCCAGGGAGGCCUGCGCCGUGCCCCAGAGCUCUGCACCGAAGACCACGGCUCAGUCCAAGUCGCGGAGGUCCAGCGUGGCUUCGUCCCGAGUCGCCGCCGCCUCCAGCUCCGCCGUGGACGACUUCGAGGAGCUGAUGAACGAGUUCACCGACGACCACCUGGAGGCAGACGUGGACCCCGGCAUCGGAGAGGACGACCUGCUGCAGGAGCUGUCCGAGAUGAUUGACAGCUGAGAGAGCUCGUCUCGUCAUGGAGGCUUUCAUAGGGACAAAGGAUAAAGAAAAACACGUUUCAUUUUAAACUUUUGGUACUUAUUUCUGUACAUUUUAGUCAUCUUCUCUUGUGUAAGCAGUUUUUGAGGCAUGUUAUUUCAUAUGACGAAACAAGGAUUCUUUUUUUGUUUUUGUUUUCUUUUUAAAUGCUGUUUUAUUCUCCUACCUUGUUUCCAACAACAGCUGUGUGUAGAGCAUCCUCAGGAAAACUACUUGUCAGGAAUUUUGUGGAAGACAAAGUGAAGUGCACCGCUCACACUGACUCAAGUCGUGUUUCACUUGCAGAGAGAAGUCGUUUCUGUAUACUGUGUAUGCUAAAUAUGGAAUCAUGACUAAACAGGGCUCGCAAGCUUCAUACUGCUGCACUCUGCUAGCCUGACCCCUCGCCUGCCUCUCGUUCUUUUCAGAAAUGUGACUAAACCUGACUGGUGGAAACUAAAAAAACAGAUAAUGUCUAUGUUUGCUUAGUUCCCAGAUUGUGAAUAGACUGUUUUUUUGUUUUUUUUGUUGUUGUUGUUGAAUGAAUCUUGAGAAUCAACAAUAUUCCAAACAGAAAUGAGGAUGUUAGGGUUGUUUCCUCUUCAUCAGUUGCGUGUGGUUCAUUAUCUCACUAUUCAUGUUCUCACCCACAUCAUAAGGAGUGCAUCUGCUGCCUGGUUUGUUAUUUUUAUUUAUGGACUUAGUGUAUAUUUUUGUCAGAAAUUAGUUUUUUUUUUUUUUGUUUGUUUGUUUUUUAACCAUGCUUUUAUACAGCAGCCAUACUUUAAAUGACCGUGUAAGAAUCACAUCUGUCUGGGUUACUGUCGUGAGCACUCUGUCGUCUUUCUCUGUGAACGAACCACUCAGGGACCGCCGGGACGUUUUCUAUGAUCUCUAAUGUGAUGUUUUAUUUCAGCGAGUUGCUGUCGAGCUCUUUGCACCCUGCUGUUUCCUCGCGUGUGAGCGUCACGUUGCUCUCCUCAGUGUGGAAUGACAGAAGAUUAGCCUGUUGGUUAGUCUUCCUAUGUGUUUGCACCUGUUAUGAUCCAUUUCCAUGAGCUUACUGAUUAAAAAGUGACUUGUACAGGUUACUCUGUAAAUAAAAAAUACUUUUAAUGA